AUGAACAAUAUUCAAAAUUACUCCGACGUUAGGUUUAGAUACGUCGCUGUCGGCAACGAUGUCAAUCCAAACAAAGGGAAUAGUGAAUACGUAAGUUCCUUACUUCCGGCGAUGCGAAAUCUACACAGCGCCGUUACAGCCGCCGGCCUAGGGAACCAGAUUAAGGUGUUGACGGCAAUCUACGGCGGUUUGUUAGGCGUCUCCUUUCUACCAAGCGAUGGCGCGUUUAAUGACAAUGCACGAGAGUUUAUUGAGCCGAUAAUCAGAUUUCUAGCUGAAAACAACUCGCCAAUGCUUGUCAACAUCUACACCUAUUUUGCAUACGCUAAUGCAAACGGUAAUUCCAAUCUACCGUAUGCGUUGUUUACGGCAUCGGGAACGAUUGUGAAGUAUAAUGGCCGUCAAUACUUUAACCUUUUUGACAUCAUUUUAGAUGAUAUUUACGCAGCUCUAGCAUCUCUUGGUGGAGAAAAUGUGGAGAUUGUUGUGUCGGAGAGUGGGUGGCCAUCGGCAGGAGAUGAUGCAGCGACAACUCGGAAUGCAUAA